AUGCUUCAGCUAUUGAUUUUGGUUGCUUUAGCUCGUGUAACUAUUUCAUGGAUUAUUCAUAUGAAUAAACAAGGUUAUUAUCCUUAUGAUUCUGUUGAAACUUCUUCUGGAUCUAGUGGAAAAACCAAAUUACUUUUUACUCAUUGGUUAAAUCUUAUUGAUGAAAAUUUUGAAAAAGAAUUUUGGAUUGAUGAAUCAAAUUCAUCAGAAUUUGUUAAUAGAAAACAAAUUUAUAAAGAUACUGUUAAUUCAACACGUGCUCCAGAAAUAUCAAAAAUAUAUUGGUCAAAACAACAAAAUGAUCCUUAUUUAUAUAAACAAACAAUAAAACAUGUUAGACAAAUAAUAUCAUUACUUAUGGAUUUAUUUAUGUCAACUGAUUGGAAAGGUUUACCUGAACCAACAAAUGCUGAUGGACGUUUAUGUCCAUAUUCAUGUUGUGUAUUAGCUUGGUCAGCAGCAACUCUUAUUGAAACUUUAUAUGAUCUUAUUAGAUCAUAA